CCCUAACUUCCCAUUUUUCUCUCCAUUUCUUUUUCACUUUUUGUUUGUUUUUUUAAUCAAUUUUGCAGACAAAAUGGCGAAUUCGGCAUCUGGGAUGGCAAUCGAGGACGAGUGCAAGCUCAAGUUCUUGGAGCUAAAGGCAAAAAGGAACUAUCGAUUCAUCACAUUCAAGAUCGAGGAUUAUCAAGUGAUGGUCGACAAACUGGGUGGCCCCGAUGACUCCUACGACGUCUUCAUGUCCUCCCUCCCCUCCGACCAGUGCCGUUAUGCUGUUUUCGAUUUUGACUUCACGACCGAUGAGAAUUGCCAGAAGAGCAAGAUCUUCUUCAUUGCAUGGUCGCCCGACGUCGCGACGGUGAGAAUGAAGAUGGUGUAUGCAAGCUCAAAGGAUCGGUUCAAAAGAGAAUUGGACGGGAUUCAGUAUGAGCUCCAAGCAACGGACGCUAGCGAGAUGAGUUUCGACAUAAUAAAGGCGCGUGCCAACUAAAACGCCAUUUUCACUGAUCAUUCACAUGCAUGCAGUGUGUCUUGUUAUUUCAUUCACUUCUGUAAUAAUGUGCAUUAUUUUUGUAUUUAAUCAUAUACGUAAUAUAAAUAAGGGUCACGUUGUUAACCCUUGUUAUAGCCACUAUAGUCUUAGAAUAAAAUAAAUUGUUGAUGGAAUUGUAAUCAUAUGUAUAUCAUGUAUACGUACGCCAUCAGUUUUUUGUAUCUGUUUUGUAAAGAAACUGGUUUGAAUAUUUCAUUAUUGAAUACUAGUAUCAC